AUGGCGAAUAACGCGGCUGCUUGUGCUGAGAGGGCUACGAAUGAUAUGCUGAUUGGUCCUGAUUGGGCUAUCAACAUUGAGCUCUGUGAUAUUAUCAACAUGGAUCCUAGUCAAGCAAAAGAAGCAGUGAAGGUACUCAAGAAACGGUUAGCAAGUAAAAAUUCUAAAGUUCAGAUUCUCGCUCUUUAUGCAUUGGAAACUCUGAGUAAGAACUGUGGAGAGAGCGUGUACCAGCUUAUCGUGGAACGUGAUAUCUUGCCUGAUAUGCUCAAAAUAGUGAAGAAAAAGCCGGACCUGAGUGUAAAAGAGAAGAUACUUAGUUUAUUAGAUACAUGGCAAGAAGCUUUUGGUGGAAGCGGUGGUAGAUUCCCUCAGUAUUACAAUGCUUAUAAUGAACUCAGGUCAGCUGGAAUUGAGUUCCCACCUCGAACCGAGAGCAGUGUUUUCUUUACUCCACCUCAGACUCAGCCUAUUAUUGCUCACGCUGUUGCAUCAGAUGAAGAUGCUGCUAUUCAGGCCUCUUUGCAAAGUGAUGAUGCUUCUGCACUCAGUUUGGAAGAGAUCCAAAGCGCUCAGGGAUCAGUUGAUAUUUUGACAGACAUGCUUGGGGCUCUGGAUCCAAGCCACCCCGAGGGUUUAAAGGAAGAGCUUAUAGUUGAUUUAGUCGAGCAGUGCCGUACUUAUCAAAGACGUGUAAUGACUCUGGUCAACACUACAUCAGAUGAGGCGCUUCUGUGUCAAGGAUUGGCAUUAAACGACAAGUUGCAGCGUGUUCUUCAGCAACAUGAUGAUAAGGCAAAGGGAAACUCUGUUCCUGCAACAGUUCCCACUCCUUUACCGCUCGCUAGCAUCAACCAUGAUGAAGAUGAUGAGUCAGAUGAUGAUUUUGCUCAGCUAUCUCACAGGUCGAAAAGAGAGAGUGCACGAGGAAGUUUCAACCCUAUUCUUCCUCCACCACCACCUACAAUGAGGCCAGUACAUGUUGAAUCUGGUGCUAUGGACUUCCUCAGUGGUGAUGUCUACAAACCUCAAGAAACCUCAGAGAGUUUAAAGCCUCCAAGUACUUCCCAUUCAUCAGAUCGAGACUCUUCUGCUCCUGUUUUCGACGAUCCAGCUCCUCCCCGUGGCAAAUCUCCUGAGCAAGCUCUGUUCACCAAACCAGUUUAUGACCAACAAACUGAGCAGUUACCUCGUGCUCCAUGGGAUUCUGAAGGAACCAAGGUUUUCUCACCACCAAUGUCUGUUAGGACCAGCCAGAGGCAACAAUACUCCCAGCAUAGCAAUGUUCCUCAACACACAAGCAAUGGUUCUGAUUCCUCUUACGAGGAUCUCGUGGGACAGUCCAGGAAUCUUUCUCUGAAUCCAACCGCCUCUGCUGCUGCUACACCACCAACGAAAGAUGACAAACCAGAAGAUAUCCUUUUCAAAGACCUCGUUGACUUUGCCAAAAACAGGAAGUCAUCUUCUUCUUCCUCCAAACCAAACAAUUAG